CCCCAUUCUCCCGCUUUCCAUCACCCCGCCCCAUUCUCCCUCUUUCCAUCACCGCGCCCCAUUCUCCCUCUUUCCAUCACCCCGCCCCAUUCUCUCGCUUUCCAUCACCCCGCCCCAUUCUCCCGUUUUCCAUCACACCGCCCCAUUCUCCCGCUUUCCAUCACCCCGCUCCAUUCUCCCGCUUUCCAUCACCCUGCCCAAUUCUCCCUCUUUCCAUCACCCCUCCCCAUUCUCCAUCUUUCCAUCACCCCGCCCCAUUCUCCCUCUUUCCAUCAGCCCUCCCCAUUCUCCCUCUAUCCAUCACCCCGCCCCAUUCUCCCUCUUUCCAUCACCUCGCCCCAUCCUCCCUCUUUCCAUCACCCCGCACCAUUCUCCCGCUUUUCAUCACCCUGCACCAUUCUCCCUCUUUCCAUUAGCCCGCCCCAUUCUACUGCUUUCCAUCACGACGUCCCAUUCUCCCGCUUUCCAUCACCCCGCUCCAUUCUCCCGCUUUCCAUCACCCCGCCCAAUUUUCCCUCUUUCCAUCACCCCGACCCAUUCUCCCUCUUUCCAUCACCCCGCCCCAUUCUCCCCCAAUCCAUCACCCCGCCCCAUUUUCACUCUUUCCAUCACCCCGUCCCAUUGUCCCGCUUUCCAUCACCCCGCCCCAUUCUCCCACUUUCCAUCACCCCGCUCCAUUCUCCCGCUUUCCAUCACCCCGCCCAAUUCUCCCUCUUUCCAUCACCCCUCCCCAUUCUCCCUCUUUCCAUCACCCAGCCCGAUUCUCCCGUUUUCCAUCACCCCGCCCCAUUCUCCCUCUUUCCAUCACCCCUCCCCAUUCUCCCUCUUUCCAUCACCCCGCCCCAUUCUCCCGCUUUCCAUCACCCCGCCCCAUUCUCCUGCUUUCCAUCACCUCGCUCCAUUCUCCCGCUUUCCAUCACCCUGCCCAAUUUUCCCUCUUUCCAUCACCCCUCCCCAUUCUCCCUCCUUCCAUCACCCCGCCCCAUUCACCCUCUUUCCAUCACCCCGCCCCAUUCUCCCUGUUUCCAUCACCCUGCCCCAUUCUUCCUGAUUCCAUCACCCCGCCCCAUUCUCCCGCUUUCCAUCACCCCGCCCCAUUCUCCCUCUUUCCAUCACCCCGCCCCAUUCUCCCGCUCUCAAUCACCCCGCCCCGUUCUCCCGUUUUCCAUCACCCCUCCCCAUUCUCCCUCUUUCCAUCACCCCGCCCCAUUCUCCCUCUUCCAUCACCCCGCCCCAUUCUCCCGCUUUCCAUCACCCCAACACAUUCUCCCACUGUCCAUCACCCCGCUCCGUUCUCCCGCUUUCCAUCACCCCGCCCAAUUCUCCCUCUUUCCAUCACCCCUCUCCAUUCUCCCUCUUUCCAUCACCCCGCCCCUUUCUCCCGCUUUCCAUCACCUUGCCCCAUUCUCCCUUUUUCCAUUACCCCGCCCCAUUCUCCCGCUUUCCAUCACCCCGCCCCAUUCUCCCUCUUUCCAUCACCCCGCCCCAUUCUCCCGCUUUCCAUCACCCCGCCCUAUUCUCCCGCUUUCCAUCACCCCGCCCCAUUCUCCCGCUUUCCAUCACCCCGCCCCAUUCUCCCGCUUUCCAUCACCCCGCCCCUAUCUCCCGCUUUCCAUCACCCCGCUCCAUUCACCCGCUUUCCAUCACCCCGCCCCAUUCUACCGCUUUCCGUCACCCCACCCCAUUCUCCCUCUUUCCAUCACCCCGCCCCAUUCUCCCUCUUUCCAUCACCCCGCCCCAUUCUCCCGCUUACCAUCACCCCGCCCCAUUCUCCCUCUUUCCAUCACCCCGCCCCAAUUUCCCUCUUUCCAUCACCCCGCCCCAUUCUCCCACUAUCCAUCACCCCGCCCAAUUCUACCUCUUUCCAUCACCCCGUCCCAUUCUCCCGCUUUCCAUCACCCCGCCCCAUUCUCCCUCUUUCCAUCAACUCGCCCCAUUCUCCCGCUUUCCAUGACCCCGCGCCAUUCUCCCGCUUUCCAUCACCCCGCUCCAUUCUCCCGCUUUCCAUCAACCCGCCCAAUUCUCCCUCUUUCCAUCACCCCUCCCCAUUCUCCCUCUUUCCAUCAGCCCGCCCCAUUCUCCCGCUUUCCAUCACCCCGCCCCAUUCUCCCUCUAUCCAUCACCUCGGCCCAUUCUACCACUUUCCAUCACCCCGCCCCAUUCUCCCACUUUCCAUCACCCCGCUCCAUUCUCCCGCUUUCCAUCACCCCGCCCAUUUCUCCCGAUUUGCAUCACCCCGCCCCAUUCUCCCGCUUUCCAUCACCCCGCCCCAUUCUCCCUCUUUCCAUCACCCCGCCCCAUUCUCCCUCUUUCCAUCACCUUGCCCUAUUCUCCUGCUCUCCAUCACCCUGCCCCAUUCUCCCUCUUUCCAUCACCCCGCCCCAUUCUCCCGCUUUCCAUCACCCCGCCCCAUUCUCCCUCUUUCCAUCACCCCGCCCCAUUCUCCCUCUUUCCCUCACCCCGCCCCAUUCUCCCGCUUUCCAUCACCCCGCCCCAUUCUCCCUCUAUCCAUCACCCCGCCCCAUUCUACCACUUUCCAUCACCCCGCCCCAUUCUCCCGCUUUCCAUCACCCCGCCCAAUUCUCCCUUUUUCCAUCAACCCUCCCUAUUCUCCCACUUUCCAUCACCCCGCCCCAUUCUCCCGCUUUCCAUCACCCCGCCCCAUUCUCCUGCUUUCCAUCACCCCGCCCCAUUCUCCCGCUUUCCAUCACCCUGCCCCAUUCUCCCGCUUUCCAUCACCCCGCCCCAUUCUCCCGCUUUCCAUCACCCCGCCCCAUUCUCCCUCUUUCCAUCACCCCGCCCCAUUCUCCCGCUUUCCAUCACCCCGCCCCGUUCUCCCGCUUUCCAUCGCCCCGCCCCAUUCUCCCGCUUUCCAUCACCCCGCCCCAUUCUCCCGCUUUCCAUCACCCCGCCCCAUUCUCCCUCUUUCCAUCACCCCACCCCAUUCUCCCGAUUUGCAUCACCCCGCCCCAUUCUCCCGCCUUCCAUCACCCUGCCCCAUUCUCCCUCUUUCCAUCACCCCGCCCCAUUCUCCCGCUUUCCAUCACCCCGCCCCAUUCUCCCUCUUUCCAUCACCCCGCCCCAUUCUCCCGCUUUCCAUCACACCACCCCAUUCUCCCGCUUUCCAUCACCACGCCCCAUUUUCCCUCUUUCCAUCACCCCGCCCCAUUCUCCCGCUUUCCAUCACCCCGCCCCAUUCUCCCGCUUUCCAUCACCCCGCUCCAUUCUCCCGCUUUCCAUCAACCCGCCCAAUUCUCCCUCUUUCCAUCACCUCUCCCCAUUCUCCCUCUUUCCAUCACCCCGCCCCAUUCUCCCGCAUUCCAUCACCCCGCCCCAUUCUCCCGCUUUCCAUCACCCCGCCCCAUUCUCCCGCUUUCCAUCACCCCGCCCCAUUCUCCCUCUUUCCAUCACCCCGCCCUAUUCUCCUGCUUUCCAUCACCCCUCCCCAUUCUCCCGCUGUCCAUCACCCCACCCCAUUCUCCCGCUUUCCAUCACCCCGCCCCAUUCUCCCGCUUUCCAUCACCCCGCCCCAUUCUCCCUCUUUCCAUCACCCCGCCCCAUUCUCCCUCUUUCCAUCACCCCGCCCCAUUCUCCCUCUAUCCAUCACCCCGCCCAAUUCUUCCUCUUUCCAUCACCCCGCCCCAUUCUCCCGAUUUCCGUCACCCCGCCCCAUUCUCCCUCUUUCGAUCACCCCGCCCCAUUCUCCCUCUUUCCUUCACCCUGACCCAUUCUCCCGCUUUCCAUCACCCCGCCCCAUUCUCCCUCUUUCCAUCACCCCGCCCCAUUCUCCCUCUUUCCAUCACCCCGCCCCAUUCUCCCGCUUUCCAUCACCCCGCACCAUUUUCCCCCUUUCCAUCACCGCGCCACAUUCUCCCGCUUUCCAUCAUCCCGCCCCACUCUCCCGCUUUCCAUCACCCACUUUCCAUCACCCCGCUCCAUUCUCCCGCUUUCCAUCACCCCCGCCCCAUUCUCCCUCUAUCCAUCACCCCGCCCCAUUCUCCCGCUUUCCAUCACCCUGUCCCAUUCUCACGCUUUCCAUCACCUUGCCCCAUUCUCUUGCUUUCCAUCACCCCGCCCUAUUCUCCCGCUUUCCAUCACCCCGCCCCAUUCUCCCGCUUUCUAUCACCCCGCCCCAUUCUCCCGCUUUCCAUCACCCUGCCCCAUUCUCCCGCUUUCCAUCACCCCGCCUCGUUCUCCCGCUUUCCAUCGCCCCGCCCCAUUCUCCCGCUUUCCAUCACCCCGCCCCAUUCUCCCGCUUUCCAUCACCCCGCCCCAUUCUCCCUUUUUCCAUCACCCCACCCCAUUCUCCCGAUUUGCAUCACCCCGCCCCAUUCUCCCGAUUUGCAUCACCCCGCCCCAUUCUCCCGCCUUCCAUCACCCUGCCCCAUUCUCCCUCUUUCCAUCACCCCGCCCCAUUCUCCCGCUUUCCAUCACCCCGCCCCAUUCUCCCUCUUUCCAUCACCCCGCCCCAUUCUCCCGCUUUCCAUCACACCACCCCAUUCUCCCGCUUUCCAUCACCACGCCCCAUUUUCCCUCUUUCCAUCACCCCGCCCCAUUCUCCCGCUUUCCAUCACCCCGCCCCAUUCUCCCGCUUUCCAUCACCCCGCUCCAUUCUCCCGCUUUCCAUCAACCCGCCCAAUUCUCCCUCUUUCCAUCACCUCUCCCCAUUCUCCCUCUUUCCAUCACCCCGCCCCAUUCUCCCGCAUUCCAUCACCCCGCCCCAUUCUCCCGCUUUCCAUCACCCUGCCCCAUUCUCCCGCUUUCCAUCACCCCGCCCCAUUCUCCCUCUUUCCAUCAACCCGCCCCAUUCUCCUGCUUUCCAUCACCCCUCCCCAUUCUCCCGCUGUCCAUCACCCCGCCCCAUUCUCCCGCUUUCCAUCACCCCGCCCCAUUCUCCCGCUUUCCAUCACCCCGCCCCAUUCUCCCUCUUUCCAUCACCCCGCCCCAUUCUCCCUCUUUCCAUCACCCCGCCCCAUUCUCCCUCUAUCCAUCACCCCGCCCAAUUCUUCCUCUUUCUAUCACCCCGCCCCAUUCUCCCGAUUUCCGUCACCCCGCCCCAUUCUCCCUCUUUCGAUCACCCCGCCCCAUUCUCCCUCUUUCCUUCACCCUGACCCAUUCUCCCGCUUUCCAUCACCCCGCCCCAUUCUCCCUCUUUCCAUCACCCCGCCCCAUUCUCCCUCUUUCCAUCACCCCGCCCCAUUCUCCCGCUUUCCAUCACCCCGCGCCAUUUUCCCUCUUUCCAUCACCGCGCCACAUUCUCCCGCUUUCCAUCACCCCGCCCCACUCUCCCGCUUUCCAUCACCCAGUCCCAUUCUUCCUCUUUCCAUAACCCCGCCCCAUUCUCCCGCUUUCCAUCACUCUGCCCCAUUCUCCAGCUUUCCAUCACCCCGCUCCAUUCUCCCGCUUUCCAUCACCCCCGCCCCAUUCUCCCUCUAUCCAUCACCCCGCCCCAUUCUCCCGCUUUCCAUCACCCUGUCCCAUUCUCCCGCUUUCCAUCACCUUGCCCCAUUCUCUUGCUUUCCAUCACCCCGCCCUAUUCUCCCGCUUUCCAUCACCCCGCCCCAUUCUCCCGCUUUCUAUCACCCCGCCCCAUUCUCCCGCUUUCCAUCACCCCGCCCCAUUCUCCCGCUUUCCAUAUCCCCGCCCCAGUCUCCCGCUUUCCCUUACUUCGCCCCAUUCUCCCGCUUUCCAUCACCCCGCCCCAUUCUCCCGCUUUCCAUCACCCCGCCCCGUUCUCCCACUUUCCAUUACCCCGCCCCGUUCUCCCGCUUUCUAUCACCUCGCCCCGUUCUCCCGCUUUCCAUCACCCCGCUUCGUUCUCCCGCAUUCCAUCACCCUGCCCCAUUCUACCGCUUUCCAUCACCCCCGCCCCAUUCUCCCUCUUUCCAUCACCCCGCCCCAUUCUCCCUCUAUCCAUCACCCCGCCCCAUUCUCCCGCUUUCCAUCACCCUGUCCCAUUCUCCCGCUUUCCAUCACCUUGCCCUAUUCUCUUGCUUUCCAUCACCCCGCCCCAUUCUCCCGCUUUCCAUCACCCCGCCCCAUUCUCCCACUUUCUAUCACCCCGCCCCAUUCUCCCGCUUUCCAUCACCCCGCCCCAUUCUCCCGCUUUCCAUCACCCUGCCCCAGUCUCCCGCUUUCCCUUACUUCGCCCCAUUCUCCCGCUUUCCAUCACCCCGCCCCAUUCUCCCGCUUUCCAUCACCCCGCCCCGUUCUCCCACUUUCCAUUACCCCGCCCCGUUCUCCCGCUUUCUAUCACCUCGCCCCGUUCUACCGCUUUCCAUCACCCCGCUUCGUUCUCCCGCAUUCCAUCACCCUGCCCCAUUCUCCCCCUUUCCAUCACCCCGCCCCAGUCUCCUGCUCUCUAUCAUCCCGCCCCAUUCUCCCGUUUUCCAUCACCCCUCCCCAUUCUCCCUCUUUCCAUCACCCCGCCCCAUUCUCCCUCUUUCCAUCACCCGGCCCUCUUUCCAUCACCCCGCUCCAUUCUCCCGCUUUCCAUCACCCCCGCCCCAUUCUCCCUCUAUCCAUCACCCCGCCACAUUCUCCCACUUUCCAUCACCCUGUCCCAUUCUCCCGCUUUCCAUCAACCUUGCCCCAUUCUCUUGCUUUCCAUCACCCCGCCCUAUUCUCCCGCUUUCCAUCACCCCGCCCCAUUCUCCCGCUUUCUAUCACCCCGCCCCAUUCUCCCGCUUUCCAUCACCCCGCCCCAUUCUCCCGCUUUCCAUCACCCCGCCCUGUUCUCCCUCUUUCCAUCACCCCGCUCCAUUCUCCCGCUUUCCAACACCCCGCCCCAUUCUCCCGCUUUCCAUCACCCCGCCCCAUUCUCCCGCUUUCCAUCACCCCGCCCCAUUCUCCCGCUUUCCAUCACCCAACCCCAUUCUCCAGCUUUCCAUCACCCCACUCCAUUCUCCCGCUUUCCAUCACCCCGCCCAAUUCUCCCUCCUUCCAUCACCCCUCCCCAUUCUCCCUCUUUCCAUCACCCCGCCCCAUUCUCCCUCUUUCCAUCACCCCGCCCCAUUCUCCCUCUUUCCAUCACCCCGCCUUAUUCUCCCUCUUUCCAUCACCCCGCCACAUUCUCCCUCUUUCCAUCACCCUGCCCUAUUCUCCCUGUUUCCAUCACCCCGCCCCAUUCUCCCUGUUUCCAUCACCCCGCCCCAUUCUCCCGCUUUCCAUCACCCCGCCCCAUUCUCCCUGUUUCCAUCAUCCCGCCCCGUUCUCCCGCUUUCCAUCACCCCACCCCAUUCUCCCCCUUUCCAUCACCCCGCCCCAUUCUCCUGCUUUCAAUCACCCCGCCCCAUUCUCCCAUUUUCCAUCACCCCUCCCCAUUCUCCCUCUUUCCAUCACCCCGCCCCAUUCUCCCUCUUUCCAUCACCCUGCCCCAUUCUCCCGCUUUCUAUCACCGCGCCCCAUUCUCCCGCUUUCCAUCAUCCCGCUCCAUUCUCCCCCUUUCCAUCACCCCGCCCAAUUCUCCCUCUUUCCAUCACCCCUCCCAAUUCUCCCUCUUUCCAUCACCCCGCCCCAUUCUCCCGCUUUCCAUCACCCCGCCCCAUUCUCCCUCUUUCCAUCACCCCGCCCCAUUCUCCCGCUUUCCAUCACCCUGCCCCAUUCUCCCUCUUUCCACCACCCCGCCCCUUUCUCCCUGUUUCCAUCACCCCGCCCCAUUCCCCCGUUUUCCAUCACCCCACCCCAUUCUCCCUCUUUCCAUCACCCCCCCCAUUCUCCCUCUUUCCAUCACCCCGCCCCAUUCACCCUCUUUCCAUCACCCCACCCCAUUCUCUCGCUUUCCAUCACCCCGCCCCAUUCUCCCUCUUUCCAUCACCCCGCCCCAUUCUCCCUCUUUCCAUCACCCCGCCUUAUUCUCCCGCUUUCCAUUACCGCGCCCUACUCUCCAUCUUUCCAUCACCCCGCCCCAUUCUCCCGCCUUCCAUCACCCAGCCCCAUUCUCCCUCUUUUCAUCACCCCGCCCCAUUCUCCCGCUUUCUAUCACCCCGCCCCAUUCUCCCGCUUUCCAUCACCCCGCCCCAUUCUCCCUCUUUCCAUCACCCCGCCCCAUUCUCCCGCUUUCCAUCACCCCGCCCCAUUUUCCCUCUUUCCAUCACCCCGCCCCAUUCUCCCGCUUUCCAUCACCCCGCCCCAUUCUCCCUCUUUCUAUCACCCCUCCCCAUUCUCCCGCUUUCCAUCACCCCGCCCAAUUCUCCCUCUUUCUAUCACCCCUCCCCUUUCUCCCUUUUUCUAUCACCCCGCCCCAUUCUCCCGCUUUCUAUCACCCCGCCCCAUUCUCCCGCUUUCCAUCACCCCGCCCCAUUCUCCCGCUUUCCAUCACCCCGCCCCAUUCUCCCGCUUUCCAUCAACCCGCCCCAUUCUCCCGCUUUCCAUCAUCCCGCCCCAUUCUCCAGCUUUCCAUCACCCCGUUCUCUCUCUUCUCAUCACCCCGCCCCAUUCUCCCUCUUUCCAUCACCCCGCCCCAUUCUCCCGCUUUCCAUCACCCCGCCCCAGUCUCCCUCUUUCCAUCACCCCGCCCCAAUCUCCCGCUUUCCAUCACCCCGCCCCAUUCUCCCUCUUUCCAUCACCCCGCCCCAUUCUCCCUCUUUCCAUCACCCUGCCCCGUUCUCCCGCCUUCCAUCACCCCGCCCCAUUCUCCCUCUUUCCAUCACCCCGCUCCAUUCUCCCGCUUUCCAUCACCCCGCCCGAUUCUCCCGCUUUCCAUCACCCCGCUCCAUUCUCUCGCUUUCCAUCACCCCGUCCCAUUCUCCCUCUUUCCAUCACCCCACCCCGUUCUCCCGCUUUCCAUCACCCCGCCCCAUUCUCCCUCUUUCCAUCACCCCGCCCCAUUCUCCCACUUUCCAUCACCCCACCCCAUUCUCACGCUUUCCAUCACCCCGCCCAAUUCUCCCUCUUUCUAUCACCCCUCCCCAUUCUCCCUCUUUCCAUCACCCCGCCCCAUUCUCCCGCUUUCCAUCACCCCGCCCCAUUCUCCCGCUUUCCAUCACCCCGCCCCAUUCCCCCGCUUUCCAUCACCCCGCCCCAUUCUCCCGCUUUCCAUCACCCCGCCCUAUUCUCUCGCUUUCCAUCACCCCGCCCCAUUCUCCCUCUUUCCAUCACCCCGCCCCGUUCUCCCGCUUUCCAUCACCCCGCCCCGUUCUCCCGCUUUCCAUCACCCCGCCCCAUUCUCCCCCUUUCAAUCACCUUGCCACAUUCUCCCGCUUUCCAUCACCCCGCCCCAUUCUCCCUCUUUCCAUCACCCCGCCCCCCCGCCCCAUUCUCCCUCUUUCCAUCACCCCGCCCCAUUCUCCCGCUUUCCAUCACCCCGCCCCAUUCUCCCUCUUCCCAUCACCCUGCCCCAUUCUCCCUCUAUCUAUCACCCUGUCCCAUUCUCCCGCUUUCCACACCCCGCCCCAUUCUUUUGCUUUCCAUCACCCCACCCCAUCCUCCCUCUUUCCAUCACCCCGCCCCAUUCUCCCGAUUUCCAUCACCCCGCCCCGUUCCCCCGCUUUCCAUCACCCCGCCCCAUUCUCCCGCUUUCCAUCAUCCCGCCCCAUUCUCCAGCUUUCCAUCACCCCGCCCCAUUCUCCCUCUUUCCAUCACCCCGCCCCAUUCUUCCUCUUUCCAUCACCCCGCCCCAUUCUUCCGAUUUCCAUCACCCCGCCCCAUUCUCCCACUUUCCAUCACCCCGCCCCAUUCUCCCUCUUUCGAUCACGCCGCCCCAUUCUCCCUCUUUCCAUCACCCCGCCCCACUCUCCCGCCUUCCAUCACCCCGCCCAAUUCUCCCUCUUUCCAUCACCCCGCCCCAUUCUCCCUCUUUCCGUCACCCCGCCCCAUUCUCCCGCUUUCCAUCACCCCGCCCCAUUCUCCCUCUUUCCAUCACCCCGCCCCAUUCUCCCUCUUUCCAUCACCCCGCCCCAUUCUCCCGCUUUCCAUCACCCCGCGCCAUUUUCCCUCUUUCCAUCACCCCGCCCCAUUCUCCCGCUUUCCAUCACCCCGCCCCAUUCUCUCGCUUUCCAUCAUCCCGCUCCAUUGUCCCGCUUUCCAUCACCCCGCCCAAUUCUCCCUCUUUCCAUCACCCCUCCCCAUUCUCCCUUUUUCCAUUACCCCGCCCCAUUCUCCCGCUUUCCAUCACCCCGCCCCAUUCUCCCUCUUUCCAUCACCCCGCCCCACUCUCCCGCCUUCCAUCACCCCGCCCAAUUCUCCCUCUUUCCAUCACCCAGCCCCAUUCUCCCUCUUUCCAUCACCCCGCCCCAUUCUCCCGCUUUCCAUCACCCCGCCCCAUUCUCCCUCUUUCCAUCACCCCGCCCCAUUCUCCCUCUUUCCAUCACCCCGCCCCAUUCUCCCGCUUUCCAUCACCCCGCGCCAUUUUCCCUCUUUCCAUCACCCCGCCCCAUUCUCCCGCUUUCCAUCACCCCGCCCCAUUCUCUCGCUUUCCAUCAUCCUGCUCCAUUGUCCCGCUUUCCAUCACCCCGCCCAAUUCUCCCUCUUUCCAUCACCCCUCCCCAUUCUCCCUUUUUCCAUUACCCCGCCCCAUUCUCCCGCUUUCCAUCACCCCGCCCCAUUCUCCCUCUUUCCAUCACCCCGCCCCACUCUCCCGCCUUCCAUCACCCCGCCCAAUUCUCCCUCUUUCCAUCACCCAGCCCCAUUCUCCCUCUUUCCAUCACCCCGCCCCAUUCUCCCGCUUUCCAUCACCCCGCCCCAUUCUCCCGCUUUCCAUCACCCCGCCCCAUUCUCUCGCUUUCCAUCAUCCUGCUCCAUUGUCCCGCUUUCCAUCACCCCGCCCAAUUCUCCCUCUUUCCAUCACCCCUCCCCAUUCUCCCUUUUUCCAUUACCCUGCCCCAUUCUCCCGCUUUCCAUCACCCCGCCCCAUUCUCCCUCUUUCCAUCACCCCGCCCCACUCUCCCGCCUUCCAUCACCCCGCCCAAUUCUCCCUCUUUCCAUCACCCAGCCCCAUUCUCCCUCUUUCCAUCACCCCGCCCCAUUCUCCCGCUUUCCAUCACCCCGCCCCAUUCUCCCUCUUUCCAUCACCCCGCCCCAUUCUCCCGCUUUCCAUCACCCCGCCCCAUUCUACCGCUUUCCGUCACCCUACCCCAUUCUCCCACUUUCCAUCACCCCGCCCCAUUCUCCCUCUUUCCAUCACCCCGCCCCAUUCUCCCGCUUGCCAUCACCCCACCCCAAUCUCCCUCUUUCCAUCACCCCGCCCCAUUCUCCCUCUUUCCAUCACCCUGCCCCAUUCUCCCUCUAUCCAUCACCCCGCCCAAUUCUCUCGCUUUCCAUCACCCCGUCCCAUUCUCCCGCUUUCCAUCACCCCGCCCCAUUCUUUUGCUUUCCAUCACCCCACCCCAUCCUCCCUCUUUCCAUCACCCCGCCCCAUUCUCCCGAAUUCCAGCACCCCGCCCCGUUCCCCCGCUUUCCAUCACCCCGCCCCAUUCUCCCGCUUUCCAUCAUCCCGCCCCAUUCUCCCGCUUUCCAUCACCCCGCCCCAUUCUUCCUCUUUCCAUCACCCCGCCCCAUUCUUCCUCUUUCCAUCACCCCGCCCCAUUCUCCCGAUUUCCAUCACCCCGCCCCAUUCUCCCACUUUCCAUCACCCCGCCCCAUUCUCCCUCUUUCCAUCACCCCGCCCCAUUCUUCCGAUUUCCAUCACCCCGCCCCAUUCUCCCACUUUCCAUCACCCCGCCCCAUUCUCCCUCUUUCCAUCACGCCGCCCCAUUCUCCCUCUUUCCAUCACCCCGCCCCACUCUCCCGCCUUCCAUCACCCCGCCUAAUUGUCCCUCUUUCCAUCACCCCGCCCCAUUCUCCCUCUUUCCGUCACCCCGCCCCAUUCUCCCGCUUUCCAUCACCCCGCCCCAUUCUCCCUCUUUCCAUCACCCCGCCCCAUUCUCCCUCUUUCCAUCACCCCGCCCCAUUCUCCCGCUUUCCAUCACCCCGCGCCAUUUUCCCUCUUUCCAUCACCCAGCCCCAUUCUCCCGCUUUCCAUCACCCCGCCCCAUUCUCUCGCUUUCCAUCAUCCCGCUCCAUUGUCCCGCUUUCCAUCACCCCGCCCAAUUCUCCCUCUUUCCAUCACCCCUCCCCAUUCUCCCUUUUUCCAUCACCCCACCCCAUUCUCCCGCUUUCCAUCACCCCGCCCCAUUCUCCCUCUUUCCAUCACCCCGCCCCACUCUCCCGCCUUCCAUCACCCCGCCCCAUUCUCCCUCUUUCCAUCACCCAGCCCCAUUCUCCCUCUUUCCAUCACCCCUCCCCAUUCUCCCUUUUUCCAUCACCCCGCCCCAUUCUCCCGCUUUCCAUCACCCCGCCCCAUUCUCCCUCUUUCCAUCACCCCGCCCCAUUCUCCCUCUUUCCAUCACCCCGCCCCAUUCUCCCGCUUUCCAUCACCCCGCCCCAUUCUACCGCUUUCCGUCACCCUACCCCAUUCUCCCACUUUCCAUCACCCCACCCCAUUCUCCCUCUUUCCAUCACCCCGCCCCAUUCUCCCGCUUGCCAUCACCCCACCCCAAUCUCCCUCUUUCCAUCACCCCGCCCCAUUCUCCCUCUUUCCAUCACCCUGCCCCAUUCUCCCUCUAUCCAUCACCCCGCCCAAUUCUCUCGCUUUCCAUCACCCCGUCCCAUUCUCCCGCUUUCCAUCACCCCGCCCCAUUCUUUUGCUUUCCAUCACCCCACCCCAUCCUCCCUCUUUCCAUCACCCCGCCCCAUUCUCCCGAAUUCCAGCACCCCGCCCCGUUCCCCCGCUUUCCAUCACCCCGCCCCAUUCUCCCGCUUUCCAUCAUCCCGCCCCAUUCUCCCGCUUUCCAUCACCCCGCCCCAUUCUUCCUCUUUCCAUCACCCCGCCCCAUUCUUCCUCUUUCCAUCACCCCGCCCCAUUCUCCCGAUUUCCAUCACCCCGCCCCAUUCUCCCACUUUCCAUCACCCCGCCCCAUUCUCCCUCUUUCCAUCACCCCGCCCCAUUCUUCCGAUUUCCAUCACCCCGCCCCAUUCUCCCACUUUCCAUCACCCCGCCCCAUUCUCCCUCUUUCCAUCACGCCGCCCCAUUCUCCCUCUUUCCAUCACCCCGCCCCACUCUCCCGCCUUCCAUCACCCCGCCUAAUUCUCCCUCUUUCCAUCACCCCGCCCCAUUCUCCCUCUUUCCGUCACCCCGCCCCAUUCUCCCGCUUUCCAUCACCCCGCCCCAUUCUCCCUCUUUCCAUCACCCCGCCCCAUUCUCCCUCUUUCCAUCACCCCGCCCCAUUCUCCCGCUUUCCAUCACCCCGCGCCAUUUUCCCUCUUUCCAUCACCCAGCCCCAUUCUCCCGCUUUCCAUCACCCCGCCCCAUUCUCUCGCUUUCCAUCAUCCCGCUCCAUUGUCCCGCUUUCCAUCACCCCGCCCAAUUCUCCCUCUUUCCAUCACCCCUCCCCAUUCUCCCUUUUUCCAUCACCCCACCCCAUUCUCCCGCUUUCCAUCACCCCGCCCCAUUCUCCCUCUUUCCAUCACCCCGCCCCACUCUCCCGCCUUCCAUCACCCCGCCCCAUUCUCCCUCUUUCCAUCACCCAGCCCCAUUCUCCCUCUUUCCAUCACCCCGCCCCAUUCUCCCGCUUUCCAUCACCCCGCCCCAUUCUCCUGGUUUCCAUCACCCCGCUCCAUUCUCCCGCUUUCCAUCACCCCGCCCAAUUCUCCCUCUUUCCAUCACCCCACCCCAUUCUCCCUCUUUCCAUCACCCCGCCCCAUUCUCCAUCUUUCCAUCACCCCGCCCCAUUAUCCCUCUUUCCAUCUAAACCACCACUAGCCAGGCGAGUUGCUCCCAGCACCCCCACCAGCCAGGUGAGUUGCUCCCAGCACCCCCACCAGCCAGGUGAGUUGCUCCCAGCACCCACACCAGCCAAGUGA